AGACAUUCCUCUCUAAUUUACUUGGGCACCUAUAUAGAUUCCUUUCUACCUAACGUAACGACUUGAUUUUUCAUUACAACAGUAUGUAGCAGGACGCAUAAUCGUCAUAAAAAACAAAAACAAAAAAUGUCUAUACCAAGAUGUCCGAGGGGUAUUAUAGGCUUCUCACGCCAAUUGACCCGACAAUGCACCACACGAUACCCCCUCUGCCGAUCCCCUCACCACGUCCGUCUUCGUCUAUACGCUCGAGCAAUCGCGUCUUACACGGCUCCGCACCAAGCGAACGCCAUAUCGAUAAUCCAGAGCAACGUAGACUCGACCUCGGACGAGUUCAAGGAAAAUGAAAGACUUAUGAACGAAGCCAUGGCUCGUCUGGAGCAGCUGACGCGCUCGGCGCAGCAGGGCGGCCCCGCGAAGGCCAGGGAGAAGCACUUGGCCAGAAAGAAGAUGUUGCCGCGGGAUCGGGUCACCGCGCUGGUGGAUCCCGGGACGACGUUCAUGGAAUUAUCGCCUCUCGCUGGUCAUCAACUCUACCCGGAGGCGGACGUGCCCGCGGGAGGCAUCAUUACUGGGAUUGGCGUUGUAGAGGGCGUCACAUGUGUGAUUGUUGCGAACGAUAGCACGGUGAAAGGGGGCACUUAUUACCCCAUUACUGUGAAGAAGCAUCUGAGAGCUCAGGCUGUGGCCCAGGAGAAUAAAUUACCCUGCAUAUACUUGGUGGAUUCCGGUGGUGCCAAUCUUCCUCAUCAGUCGGAUGUAUUUCCAGAUCGGGAUCAUUUUGGACGAAUAUUUUAUAACCAGGCCAGGAUGAGCUCUCAAGGAAUUCCCCAGAUCUCUGUAGUUAUGGGUUUAUGUACAGCGGGCGGCGCCUACGUCCCCGCCAUGAGCGACGAGAACAUCAUCGUGGAAGGGCAAGGCCACAUCUUUCUAGCCGGGCCGCCUCUCGUCAAAGCCGCUACCGGCGAAGAGGUGUCAGCCGAAGAACUCGGCGGUGGUACUAUGCACACUUCCGUAUCCGGCGUAUCGGACUACUUAGCCGUAGACGACGCACAUGCCAUCGUACUCGCCAGGAGAUGUAUCAGCAACCUAAACUGGCCACACAAAGCCGCGCCGCCCCAGACAAGCUAUUCCGAGCCCCUGUACCCGGCCUCGGAACUCCUCGGCAUCGCCUCGACGAACCUGCGCAAACCACUACCUAUCCACGAGGUCAUCGCGCGGAUCGUCGACGGCUCGCACUUCGCCGAGUUCAAGCGCGACUACGGCAGCACGCUGGUCACCGGGUUCGCGAGCAUCUACGGGCAGCGGGUGGGGAUCGUGGCGAACAACGGGAUCCUGUUCGGGACGUCGGCGCAGAAGGGCGCGCACUUCAUCGAGCUGUGCGCGCAGCGCGGCAUCCCGCUCGUCUUCCUGCAGAACAUCAGCGGGUUCAUGGUGGGCGCGCAGGCGGAGCGCGAGGGCAUCGCCAAGCACGGCGCCAAGCUGGUGACGGCCGUCGCGUGCGCCGACGUGCCCAAGUUCACGGUCGUCGUGGGGGGCAGCUACGGCGCCGGGAACUACGGCAUGUGCGGCCGCGCCUACGGCCCCCGCUUCCUCUGGAUGUGGCCCAACGCGCGCGUCGGCGUCAUGGGCGGCGAGCAGCUCGCUAGCGUCAUGGAGACCGUCGGCCAGAAGGCGGACCCGGAGCUGAGGGAGAGGAUCGAGCGCGAGAGCGACGCCGUGUAUUCCUCGGCUAGGUUAUGGGACGACGGUGUGAUUCCGCCGCAGCACACGCGGCGCUACCUUGGCUUGGGGCUGAGAGCCGCGCUGUCGGGUAAGAACGAGAUCCAGCCUGGCGAUACCAGGUUUGGGGUGUUCCGGAUGUAACGAGCAGCUCCCGACCAGAGCUGAAAAUUUUAUCAUCAUCAUCAUCAUCAUUAUCGUUAUCAUUAUUAACAUUACCAUUAUUACGGGGUGUUUUUUUACGAGCUGAUACUGGCUGCUUCUAAACGGGUAGGGAUGAGGAAAUGAUAUUACAGGGCACAGUACGAUGUGAUGCGACGAGAUGCGAUGUGAUGCGAUUCGCUUCGCGGGCCUUCAUAGAUAGGAGGUAGGUCCCGGAUGGGGAUGGAUGAUGAGCAAGUUUCAAGGCGGUGAACCGGGCUUCAAAACAAACAGAGGAAGUAAAAUGAAAUAUAGAUAAAAAAUUAUAACUUUGACCGCUUGUACCACUAACUAACUAACUACCCCCUGGAUCAAGUAAACGCCUUCUCUCUGCUCCAGUUGUCCGUUAGAGGUAUCUUUCGGGCUUUGCUCAUCGGUGUCCGUUCCUUCGUAACCGGUGUGGAACGGAUAGGGGGAUAGGAGGGUUCGAAACGAAAGCUCCGGCCAAUGAGCCUUAUGAAGCUCCUCUUAGCUGGGAUCUGAGGCUUACGAUUUUAUUUUAUUUUUUUCACGCUUUUA